AUGCCAGAAGCACACCACCAAUGCACGCAAGCUGUCCUGCAGGCAAAGGACCCCCUUAGUGGAUCUAUCUCCGACUUGAGUCAGCAGGUGUGGGUCCUUCAGGGUCAGACCAUAGUGGCAGUUCCACGGAGUGACAGUGUGGCUCCUGUCAUGGUCACUAUCUUCCCGUGCAAGUUUCCAGAGUCUCUUGACCAAGGCAAAGGGACCCCCAUUUAUUUCGCAAUCCAGAAUCCAGAAAUGUGUCUGUGUUGUGAGGCUGUUGGAGGGCAGCCUGCAUUGCAACUGAAGGAGGAGAAGAUACUGGAUCUGUACAACGAGGCUGAGCCUGUGAGGGCCUUCCUCUUCUACCAUGUUCAGUUGGGCUCCACCUCCACCUUCGAGUCUGUGGCCUUCCCGGGCUGGUUCCUGGCCAGCGCUGACAGAGGCCAGCCCAUCUUCCUCACUUCGGACCAGGGUACCAAUUACAACACUGCUUUCAACUUACAUAUCAGGUUUUGA